GCACCUAAUCAAUUGUAAACAGAUUUAUCCUUUAUCGUGCAUGUAUUAGAAUUAUGUAGAUAUUGUUUUUUUGAAAACUGGACCAUCGGGUCUACGUAACCGGAACGGAUCCGAAUUUGUAUCCGACCAAGAACUAUCAACUCGACAGCAUCCCUCAAAAUUAUUUGUGGGAUGUUUUCUACUUCUACAACAACAAAAACAUUUAUACCACCAUAUUAAAUACAAGCUAAAAUUAAAAAUCACAUUAAUAUUAAGCACUUCUCUAAGUUGUCCUUAUUUAGAAUGCACUUCAUUCGAUUAAAGAAGAAAGUUGCUCUGAAAGAGCAACUGUGAGCUAUCCUAGCUAAGAGUGUCAAACGAAAUUUUCUGUUAUUUCUGAAUAUUUGAAGCAAUAUUUUUAAAAAUAAAAUCAAUUAUACCACGCACUUAUUUUACAUUUAUAUACCUAAGAUAUUUUCUAAACAAUUAAAUACACCGAAAUGGCACAUAAUACGGAUUGCACCAAUGACUUGGAUAAGUUCCAAAGGGAGGACCAUGAUGCCUGCUCAGCAAAUGUGUCAACAUCAAAUCCGUCGCUCUACGACAAAUCACAAUCGCUGGUAGAUAUAGCGAAUAAUACGUUUAAAGAACUUUGUCGUACUCUAGAGAACGAACAAUCAAAAUUAAUGGAAUUAGAAGAACGUCGCAAAAAACUCCAAGAAGAAAUGCAACGUCUCAAACAAGAAAUUGAGGAAGAGAAACAUACAUACCGCCUUAACUUGGUGGAAUCUUUAACAGAGAAUGCGGAGGCAAUGAGCGCGAAGAGUAUGGAAACGGACGAAGAUUCAGGCUCCGAAAUACAAAACAAAUUGUAUACGUGUUACGAAGCCGAUGAAACAGUUAACGCUACAGAAGCAUCACCUGCCAGCUACUCGGCAGAUGAGGAUGAUAACAAGCAUCCCAAUGAGAUUGCUCGCAAUAUCCAGAAAAAACUUCAGAGUGUAGUUGCAGAGUGCGUUAUUGAACAAUGCAAUUAUGAUGAGCCAGCGCUUGAGACGGAAAUUUUGGAAAACCAAUCUACUUGAAGACGGUGCACUUUUAUUUAUGUAUAUUUGUAUUUUUAUAACCCAUAAAAAUUUGUUGAAGAA